UACUUACUUAAGUAUACUUAUACUUCCAAGGUUAACUAGCAUGUAAUGUAAUGUACAGUACCUACAUCCAGCAGAGAUGGCUUGAUCCAGGGCACGAGUUCAUGUCCGCCUCAGAUGUGAUUUCAGCUUCAAUCACGAAGACCUACACUCUACUCUCGCCAUAGACGCCCAACCUUGAUCGACCUACUGCGCACGACCCCGUUUUGCAUGCGCGAUUCAUUCAUUGUGUAUAUAGCCCUUUCCCGCCGCCUCGGGAUCCUGCAGCGCUCGCUCUAUUCAUUGUUGCCUGUUCCACCAACCAACAGUCGGUCAACGGUCAAUUAGAAAGGUGUCGCGUGUUUACCGACGAGGAACCCGCGGCCAUCUCGCGAUUCCAAUCAUUGCCGCGCUACGUCACAAUACCUAGACUAAUAUCGACAUCGGAGACGAUAGCUAGCCCGACUCGAGCCCUCUGUUAGAGGCUGGUCCUCUCUGGGAUAUGCCGAAUUAUUCGGCCAUCACACAUGGGGCCACUACCUCGACCGCUGGCACCAGUGCGUCCGACGACAUGACCAGAACUCGGAAAGGGAAGCCUCACCCCAAAGAUGGCGGUGGGGGAUCUGCUACCAUGUUCAGCAGCGUCACCAACUUGCUCAACACUAUCCUCGGCGCUGGCACCCUAGCCAUGCCCUCGGCCCUCUCACACUUUGGUAUGGUUCUUGGCGUCAUCGUCAUCCUGUGGUCGGGAUUCACCUCGGCGUUUGGACUUUACCUUCAGUCACGCUGUGCUCGAUACCUCGAUCGCGGCUCGUCAUCCUUCUUCGCGCUUUCGCAACUCACGUAUCCAAAUGCCGCCGUUAUCUUCGAUGCCGCGAUAGCCAUCAAGUGUUUUGGAGUGGGGGUCUCGUACAUGAUCAUCAUAGGAGAUUUGAUGCCAGGUGUUGUGGAAGGCUUUGAUAGCAGCGCAACAUCAAUAGCCUACCUCAUGGACCGAAAUUUCUGGAUUACUGUCUUCAUGCUGCUUAUCAUUCCUUUGAGCUUUCUUCGCCGUUUGGAUUCGCUCAAAUACACGAGCAUCAUCGCUCUGAUCGCUAUUGGAUACUUGAUUGUGCUUGUAGUCUAUCAUUUUGCUUCUGAUACUCUGGCACCAAGGGACAAGAUCCGGGUCAUUCAAUGGGGCGGACCCGUUGAGGCCCUCGCUAGUUUGCCCGUCGUCAUUUUCGCCUAUACUUGUCACCAGAAUAUGUUCUCGAUUCUUAACGAGAUCAAGAAUAAUUCUCCGAAAAGUAUACUUGGCGUGAUCUCUACCAGUAUUGGCUCUGCUGCCAGCGUCUAUAUUCUGGUUUCAAUUACUGGUUACUUAUCGUUCGGUAACGAUAUUACUGGUAACAUUGUUUCGAUGUACCCACCAUCAAUCGCUUCUACCAUUGCAAAAGCUGCUAUUGUCAUUCUUGUUACCUUUUCGGUGCCUUUGCAAGUACAUCCUUGCCGAGCGUCUGUCGACGCUGUGCUUAAAUGGCGUCCAAAUGCCAUUGCGGGCACCCAAGGUCGAACAAGCUCUCCAAACAGCAGAUUACUGCUUCCAACAACAACGCGCUCAGAUCACGGCUCUUCAGCACCAAUGUCAGAGUUGCGCUUCGCUAUUCUGACAACGAUUCUCCUCGUGCUAGCCUACACUGUGGCACUAACGGUUACCUCGUUAGAGAGAGUCCUGGCUUACGUGGGAUCCACCGGAAGUACUGCGAUUAGCUUUAUCCUUCCUGGUCUCUUUUAUUACAAAAUUUCUGAUCCGGACUCUAUUCACCACCAGCGGCUUGUGAAAGAAGACGACGACGCGUUAUCAGUAGCUGCGUCUGAUGACGAUGACGACGAUGUUAACAACGAAAGUGGUGACGGCCCACUAAGCGCGAGUAUCUCGAGCAUCCGCAGUGGUGCAAGCGGCGCUAACAUAAAACCGAAAGGUCACAAAUCGCCAUGGCGAUGGCGCACAAAAUGGAGAUGGGAUAUGGAGCACCUUGAUCCAGUUCAUCUCAGAAGGGCAUCGUUAGGCUUGGCCCUUUAUGGUUUUUGUGUCAUGCUGGUAUGCUUGGCCAUGAAUUUGGUGGGCACGCAUGCUCAUUGAAAACCAUCCGGGAAACUGCUCUGAGUAGCUCUAGGCGUCAUGAACAGGACGUACCGAAACCGAGUAUAUCCGCAAUGGAGGACUAAAUGUUUACAUAUCAGGCGCUAAUGCAUUUUAUGGCUGCUUACUAUCAUUACGCAUUUUUGGCGUCUUGGAUUCUUUGCUUUCUGUCACUUCUACUUUCCACGUACAUAGCCUGCUACAUACCAGAAAAUAUGAGCCAAUAAAAGUAAUUCCCACUCGGUUUCCUCGGCUGAUUCGGGGCUGUUUCCGCUCACUUCGGGAGCCAGGUGUGGCCGGAUAUGCUCAUUGCUUAUAGUCAUUUGACAACUCGCUUUUAUCUCAUUGUAUCUUACAACGCAAAUAUCCAGAUAACAACAAUACAGGGGCGUACGGGGAAGAAGGUGCUGAUCUACGUCUUAGAUUGACUUGAUUCAAAGAAAUAUAUGUCAGCAGAAGUAUAAGCCGUUGACCUGAAUGGGGGUUUAGACGCAAACACCGUAAAGGCGACAAGAUCAGGUUAAGAUGCAUUCUUAUUCUCAUGAGAGGGGGCUACAUAACAAUUCCAUCAAACAUCCAAAUCAUUCAUAUCUCAUAUCUGCCAAAAAAAAAAAAAAAAAAAAAAAAAAAAAAAAAAAAAAAAGGGGACGGUAAAAGGAAAUUAUAAACAACAAAAAAAAAAAAAC